CAAAGCUGUUGUCGCGAAUGGCGGUCAUGGCCGAGACGCGGACGCACGCCAUGCGUACAGAGAAUUAAGUCUCCCAGUCGGUUUUAGCCAGCGGGUGAAAUGUCAGUGUCCUUCUACUGUGGAGCAUGGAGUGACGACGAAGACGACGACGACGACGACGACGAGCACAGUUCCCCCGGAAGCGCCUAUGGAGACGACCUGCAUCUGGACGUGGGAACUCUGAUCGUCUCCCCCUCCUCAGAGUACAUGGUGGAGAGCGUCAUGGGAUGCGGGGCGUUCGGGACGGUCGUCCACUGCAAGAACGUGUCCAACAACGACUCCGUGGCGCUGAAGAUCAUCAUGGAGACCAAGUUCAACGUCGAUGCCCGGAAAGAGGUAACAGAUCCACUUCCUCGCUCGACGCCUAAACCCGCUGUCUUCCUAGGUCACCUGUCACACACACAGACUGACAGGAUGUACACCCUGAAGGUAGAGACCCUAGAGUUGCUGAAAAACUUCAACUUGGAAAAAUACAACAUCGUCAAAUGGUAUGGCUCUUUCGUCCACGAGGGCCACUACUGCCAUGAGUUUGAGAAGCUGGACAUGAGUCUCUACCAGUACCAGACCACCAUGAAAGCGUGUCUGGAGCUCAGGGAGAUCCGGCCCAUUCUGCAGCAGGUGGCUCUAUCUCUGCAGCUCCUAAAGAGCCUCGGGAUAGCCCACACAGACCUGAAACCAGACAAUAUUAUGCUAGUAGAUCAUGUGCAUCAGCCGCUGAGGGUUAAAGUCAUUGAUUUUGGUACGGCCAUUCUGAUUUCAGACCGCUGCAAGGGCCCCGAACUGCAGACGCUGUGGUUCAGGUCCCCAGAGAUCCUGCUAGGGGCUUCCUUCAAUGAGGCCAUCGACAUCUGGUCUCUCGGCUGUAUUGCGGCGGAACUCUUCAUGGGCAAAGCGCUGUUCCCCAGCAACGACGAGUUUGACAUGAUGAGACACAUACUGCGCAUCAUAGGAAAGCCGCCAAACCACCUGCUGAACACCGGGGCGUACACCAAGCAGUUUUUCCAACAUUAUAGUGCAAGGAGCGAGCAAAAGAAGCCUGACCUUUGGAUAUUUAGGUCAUACUUGCACACUUGGGCUUGCAGACCCUGCACCCUCAACAGCCUCACUGACCUUCUGGAGGGCUCCGAGGAACUCAGCGGAGAGGACGCCCGAGCCGACGACCUGGACAAGAGGAGCUUCGUGGAGCUGCUGGUGAAGAUGCUGCAACUGGAUCCCACGGAAAGGAUCAAACCGCAGCAGCUCCUCCAGCAUCCCUUCAUCACGAUGAGCCACCUGGUCGGGGACUUUACCGACUGCCAAUAUGUCAAAUCCUCCAGAGAACUCCUCAACGAACAUUUGGCCCAGUCCAUUUUAAACCAAGGAGACGUCCAGCAGUCAGAAACCGCUUGACAUCGCGCGAGACGGUUGAGGAUUCAUAGAAAACCAGGAGGAACAAAGACUGUUUUGUUCUGUGGAAUGUAUUUUAUCGAAACAAAAAACAAUAUACAGAAACUACAGCGUUGUAAAUCUACUUUGUUGGGUGAGUU